AUGGCCGACAAAGUCGCGCCACACUCCAAUGGCAACGUGAACGAAGGGAAUGGACAUGUGCCGGAAAUUCAGCUCAUCAUCAAGGCUUCAACAAUUGACGGUUGGCGAAAAGGAGUAUGUCUAUUUUGUCAAGAAUAUUUCAUGGAUCUAUAUCUACUUUCUGAGUUAAAAACUAUUAACCUUAAAGUCACUACAGUGAAUAUGCAAAAACCACCUGCCGAUUUUCGGAGUAACUUUGAUGCAAAUCCCCCACCAAUCUUAAUAGACAAUGGAAUGACUAUUUUGGAAAAUGAAGAAAUUGAAAGGCAUAUCAUGGAGAACGUGCCAGGCGGACACAAUCUAUUUGUGCAGGAUAAAGAAGUAGCCACGCUGAUUGAAAACUUGUACAUUAAGCUGAAACUGAUGCUAUUAAAUAAAGACUACGUAAGCAUAAAUAGACUGUUGUCCCACUUGCGUAGAAUAAAUUUGCAUUUAGAGAAGAAGAACACGCGGUUUUUGACCGGUGACACGAUGAGCUGUUUCGACUGCGAGUUGAUGCCUCGUCUACAGCAUAUCAGAGUGGCUGGUAAAUACUUUAUGGACUUCCAAAUUCCGGUCGGUCUGAGGCACUUGUGGCGUUACAUAUUGCGAAUGUACCAGCUGGACGCAUUCAUCCAAAGCUGUCCGUCCGACCAAGACAUUGUCAAACAUUACAAACAACAGCAGAAUCUCAUGUUGCGGAGCGUCAGCACGAAGAAACACGAGGAACUGGAGACUCCGACGUUCACCACGUCCAUACCACUGGAGCUCGACUUGCAGGACGAAUAACCUCCGCCAUGAAUAUGGUACGUACUUGCGAUAAUAUACCGUAUAAUAUAGCCUCCCAAUCUAUGUGUACACAUACUACGAAGC